AUGAUAGAUAGACAAUUCUUUCGAAUAUUAUCCAGCAUACAUUGGUUUAGACCAUUACAUAGUAACUGCUACCAUAUGACAAGAGUAUUAAGGAAAAGAAAAGUCGUUUCUUCCAAGAUCGAAUCUGCUACUAUCGAUAAUGACCCUGUAGUAAGAUCAAAAUAUUUCAAGAAGCCCAAAAUAGAAGAAACGGAUGAAGUGAAAGUGGAAAUAACGGAAAAUCCAGUUGAUAUAGAAUGGGUUAAAUCUCUUAACAAUAAAGAAUACUUCGAAUGGUGGGCAGAGAGUACAGGUAACGUGCCAAAUCGCUGGGAAAUCCCACUAGAUGAAAGUAUAUUCACCGAUGACCAACCAAAAUAUUUUAAAGAGAUUUAUUUGAAAUUACGCAGAUUGAGAUCGAAAGUUACACCUCCUGUGGAUCUGGUGGGAGGUUCUUCCAUUCCCCUCACUGUAGGUAUGUCAUGUGGUAUUCCAAAGGACCAAAUCGAACCCAUAAAUUAUAGGUUACAAGUCCUAAUUGGGGUCAUGCUAUCAUCUCAGACUAAAGAUGAAGUCACAGCUAAGGGGAUGUUCAAUAUAAUGAAGUACUGUAUUGACGAGCUCAAUAUAUCACAAGGUAUGACUUUGCAAGGUUUGCGUAAAAUUGAUGAGGCAAAACUAGAUGAGCUAAUUAAGUCUGUUGGAUUCCAUACAAGAAAGGCUAAAUAUAUAAAACAGACAUGUGAAUUACUUGUUUCCCGAUUUGAUUCUGAUAUUCCGACAAAUAUCACUGAUAUGUUAUCAUUGCCAGGUGUUGGUCCAAAGAUGGCUUAUUUGACGUUACAAAAGGCUUGGGGUAAAUUAGAGGGUAUUUGCGUUGACGUACAUGUGGACAGGUUAUGUAAGCUUUUUAAAUGGGUAAAUCCAGAUAAAUGUAAGACGCCAAAUCAUACGAGGCAGGAAUUGGAAAAAUGGUUGCCUAGGCCCUUGUGGAAGGAGAUUAAUAGUUUGUUGGUUGGUUUUGGCCAGAUGAUUGAUAGGCCAAAAUUAAAACUUAUAGAUCCAGAAGCUCCAACGUAUGAACGAGGUACGUUGGAGCAUGAACUUAGGGAAUUAAUGGACAACAUGAAAAACUACAAGAUCUGGGUGAAUUACUUAAUUCGUAAUGCCAAGGCAACUUUAGAUGCACGUGAACAAGAGACUUCAAUUGUGACGGUCAAAACGGAAAAUGGUGGUUUGGUAACAAUUAAAAAUGAAUUUGACCUCAAAACAGAAUCUCUUCCAAAACAUGUAUUCAAAAAAGACGGCCAUUUUGCAAAAAUUGAAGGGUCAUGA